AUGCUGCUCGUCCAGCCCGACCCUUCAUUCACCGACAACACCGGCUCACAAGACCACAUCAUCUACAACCCACCUUCGUCUGCGCCAAACGUCUACCACACCCCCUUGAAGUUCUUGCCCAAGGACGACCCGCGACGUCGCCUACACACCCUCCUCCGAUCCACUGCCUCUUCCGCAGAAACCUCCACAUCCUUGCCUCCUCCAGUGCGACCAAUCUACGAGAAGAAGUACCAUCUCAAGGAAGCCGAUAUUGAAGAAAUCAGACGACUCCGAGCAGAAGACCCGCGCAAGUGGACACGAGUGCGAUUGGCCGAAAAGUUCGAGUGCAGCCAGUUCUUCGUCAGCUUGUGCUGCUCGGCACCACAGAUCAAGGAAGAGAGGCAGGCUGAGCUCGAAAAGAUCAAGGAGAAGUGGGGACGCACCAAGAGAGAGGCGCGUGAAGACAGGCAGACCAGGAAGCAGAGCUGGGGCAAGGCUGUCUGA